AUGCCUACACCACUUCCGUCGAGUUUUGCUUCGGCCGCCGCGGGCAACGCCCAGGACCCCAAUCGAAGAGGGGAUGGAAAUACCGGUGGAGAAUGGUCACGAUCCCGCAUGAACGGAGCCACGCAGACCUUCCGCCGCCCUUCAAUGGCUACCAACCCUUCUCAUUCCCGGGACAGUAGUCAAAUGGCGUCUGCCUCGACCCCGACAUCCUCCGGCGCCUACAUCCCUCCUCACUUGAGCUCAAAUUCUCUGUCCAGCGUACAGCGCAAUGGGGACGCUCGAUAUUCGAAAGAGCAACUCCUAGAAAUGUACAAGGCACAACGGGAGGCCGGCUAUUUGAGUAAGCAUGUGGAGGAUUACUUUGUCGCCGACUGGGACCCCCAUACGGUCUCAACUCCCACAAACGGGGCAUGGGGAAAGCGCGACGACCACAAAUCCUCGGCGGGUCCUGAAGUGUGUUGGGAUCAUGGUGGCCAGGCCGAGCCCUUGGGCCUCACUGAUAUGUCGGAUGGUGAAAAGGAGUUGUUCUCCGCCUCGGUCAAUUCUCCUCUGAAGCCGCCACCAACCAACGCCGCAAAGGAGAAUGCAGGCCCCGGGACUACAGGUCGCAAGUCGUCGAUUUCGUACACCCAAGGCCACGCCAAUACCUACCAUGCCGCUUCUCCGAGUGCCGCGCGCCCGCCCGCUCGCCGCCGUGAGACUGGUGAUUCUGUCGGCAAUCCGAUGUCUCCCACCGGGGCAAACUCUCGAUUCUUCCGCGACGAUGCCAAUACGUCCACCCCUCCCCCCGCCCUCCUCCGUCGCAAAACCGAUUUCCGCGAACCGAAUGCCAAGGAAGAAAAACCGAAGGAAGCUACCCAGGAAACCGCUUCACCUUUCGGUAGUUUGAAGCGCAGCUCCACGAACCCGCUGAACACGAGUCUGAGCGGGCCUGGCUCACCCUGGGGCUCUGCUUCGCACAACGCUAAUUUCUCGCCGAUGGGAGCCUUUGGCGCUUUCUCCUUGAACUCGGCCGCUGCGCAAACGCCUACUGUGGAAAAGAAAGCUGGCUUUGGAAGUCUUCGCGGAGAAAGCAGAUUCAAGGAUUUGCUGUCCAAGGACAGCACCGAUGAUGCAGCUAGCCCAGCUAAGGACAAGCCUGCUGUCAACUUGGAGCGACUCGCUGAGGAAGGAAGCGACAAGCGAGCUCAAUCGCCUUGGGGAGACGCUGUCAAAACACGGUUGAAUCGCAGUGAAACGAAUCCGUUUGACGAACCCCGGAGCGGUAGCGCUGCUCUAGGAGGAUCCCAGGAUAUCGAGGCUCCGUCCCAAGCAGACCUCGGAUUCGGCGCCUUCGGAAUGACUUCAAGCAUUCCUGGAUUCCGGGAGUUGAUGCAAAGUCAGGAAAAUUCCCGCAAUCCGACCCCAAGCCUUCUUCAGGGUCAUGAACCUACCAGCCCGACAAACACCAACCCGUACCAAAGUCCCCACGGCGAUCGUGCGGUUGCUGAGGCAGACGAUGUUGACACCGAUGGCUCGGAUAUUCAGCACCCGCAGCACCCCGGCCUCAGCGGGCUCCGAGAUUCUUCCAACCCAUUCGGCUCGAUGCGACGCGUCGGUUCGGGCAUGGACUUACCCUCUAUUGACCGCAGUCAGAACUCCAGUGUGAACGCGAACCGAAACUUUUCCGGCCUUGGGGGACUAGGAGGCCUAUCCGGGUUGGGAGGGCCAUCUGGUUGGCCCUCUAGCGACGCUAUCGGCACACCGACUCGGGAGCGUUCAGCAUUCGGUGGCGGGUUUGGUGAUCCUAUCUUCGGUUCGAUGGGCGGUUUGCAGUCUCCUAGCUUAGCAACCUUGGGAGGAGGCGGUCUGUUCAGUCCGCAUGCUGGUCUCUCUGGAACAUCAAGUAUCGGUCGGUCAAGCAAACUGGGCGCGCUGUUCUCUGGCAUGGCGGAGGAACAGAGCCGCUCAGAAUCCGUCGGUAUGGAGCAAAAUGAUGCCCAUCUCCUUGAGAGAGCUGGUCAGGCAAACAAGCCCAGUUCAAACUCUGCUUCCCAGACCCCCGUGUCUGCGGUCGGCUCCAUCCCUGCCAACAUUGCCCACGAUCCGACACAGGCCCCCACUCCCGGUGGCGCUAUCUCCGCAGCCCAGCAGCGGACUAUGGUCAUGCCAGACCGGAUGCGUUGGAUCUACCGGGAUCCGCAGGGCAAUAUUCAAGGCCCUUGGACCGGUCUGGAGAUGCACGAUUGGUUCAAGGCUGGAUUCUUCAGCCCGGAUCUGCAAAUUAAAAAGUUGGAGGACGGCGAGUUCGAGCCGCUUGCUCAGCUAGUCCGUCGCAUUGGCAAUUCGCGCGAGCCCUUCCUCGUGCCCCAAAUCGGGAUCCCUCACGGGCCCGAGCCGAUGACUGGUCAAUGGCAAAACCCUAGUCAGGGAUCAGCUCAGCCUCCUUUCCCAGGCAGUUUUCCCAGCUUUGGUACUACACUGACGGCGGAGCAGCAAAAUGCAUUGGAACGGCGAAAGCAAGAGGAGCAAUAUCUUAUGGCUCGACAGAAGGAGCACCUGGCUCAGCAGCAAGCCAUUAUGAAGCAAAUGCAGGUUCCGGGUGCCCCUCCUACCAUGCAGCCCCAACUGCAGCACCAAUCUAGUGCGCACAGUCUGCACAGUCAGCCCAGCUUCGGUAGCAUCACCUCCCCAGCUGCCUACCAGCCUUCUCCGAUCCAGGCCCCCCUUCAGGGCCAGCAGCAAUCUCAGGGUAUGCCCGGGUUUUUCGAUGCUCCAGCUUCACUCCGACAGGGUGGCCUGCCCAAUGUUCUCCCAGGAAUGCUGGGAACCGAACUCGGUGGUCAGGAUCAGCUUCCCGCUCUUUUUGAUCGUCUAAACGUUGGCCGUCAGGAUCCGUUCGCAUUUGGUCCCGCGGGGUCUUUUGCUGCCCGUCAGCCUGACAGCUUCCUCCACUCUCAGCAGGUGGCCUCCAUGCUCCAAGAUCGUGCUCAGCUGCAACAAGAACAGGCCGACUUUGACAAGGCCAACAAUGCACUCGAUCCCUUUGACCAAGAGGCUCGUGAGGAGCGACUGCGCCAGUUUCACGCACUGAGAUCCCAAGAAGGGGAAUUGGGUAUGCGCACUGCGGAAGGACUCCCCACUCACCCUGCGGCUGCAGCGGAACACGAACGGGAGGCCUUGGAGACUGAAGCUGUUGAUGAGCAUGAGCAUGCGGCUCCGGAGCCCGCUCUGACACUGUCACAGCAAGUCCACAAGGCCGCCUCCGCUCAGCGUCAGCAGCAACAAGAGGAGCAGGAGCAACAGCAACAGCAAAAUGCCAGUGAAUCCGCCUGGGCGAAGGUCGACAAUGCUAUGCCUCAGCCUUUCCCUCCUCCCCCUUCUGCCUCGCCCCUGCCCGCCCCCGCCGCCCAGCGCAAUCGUCAAAAUGUCGCCGAGUCUUUGGCUGCUGGCUCUCGCUCCCAGACACAGACACCCGUCGAUGCUGCACCCACUUCUGUCGCUCCUUGGGCCAAGGACACUCAUGAGGUGCCUAAGGGCCCAUCCCUGAAGGAAAUUCAGGAGGCCGAAGCUCGUACCGCCGCUCAGCGCGAGGAGGUGGCUGCAGCCGCCCGUCGCGCUCAGCUCCUUGCGGAACAGGAGCGUCUUAGCCAGGCUCAAGCUCAAGCCGUUCCUGGUCUCCCCUCUUCCGCCAACUGGGCAAGUGCUGGUUCUCCCGCUACUCCUUCCUCUGCUGGCUCUCCUUGGAACACCAAGAGUCAGCCAGUCCAGACGACUACCGCUACCAAGAAGACUCUAGCUCAAAUUCAAAAAGAAGAAGAGGCCCGAAAGCAGCGCUUGGCGUCGGCGGCGGCGGCUGCCGCCCAGACGGCGACUCCCAGCCCACCCGCGUCCGUCACCAAACGUUAUGCCGAUUUGGCCAGCAAGGCCCCCGCCUCCAACACCGCUGCUACUGCCGCCGCUCCGGUUUCUGGAGCUUGGACUACUGUCGGUGCUGGUGGCAAGGCCAAGGCUCCCCCUGCCGCACCUCUGGGCCCUCGCUCUACCAGCGGAACUACCGUUCCCACUGCUUCGGUGGUUGCCAAGCCUCGACCUACCGUGACCACCCGGACGACUGUCGGUAGUGUUCCACAGGCCAACCCUAACCGUGCCAUGGAGGAGUUUACCAAGUGGGCCAAAUUGGCCUUGGGCAAGGGCUUGAACAGCAACAUCAACGUUGACGACUUUGUUCAGCAGCUCCUCUUCUUGCCUGCGGAGGCCGAGAUCAUCUCCGACUCUGUUUAUGCGAACUCCCAGACUCUGGAUGGCCGCCGGUUUGCGGACGAAUUUAUCCGUCGCCGCAAGCUCGCUGACAAGGGCAUUGUCGAGCCUGUCUCGCCCAGCGCGUUCGCAGAGCAAAAGAGCGGUGGCGGUUGGUCCGAGGUUGCCAAGAAGGGAUCCGCAGCCAGCACUGCAGCCUCCCAGCAGCGCGAAGAAGAGACCAGUAAUGCGGCGUUUAAAGUUGUCGCUCCUCGCAAGAAGGGCAAACGCUAA